AUGAAACAACACACACAACAGCUGUUCCUUCUUGUGAUUGGUCUUUCUUCAAUAUUUAUUCUCUCCAUUAUUGGAAUUUUAAUCAAUCUCAAAGAAGUUUCCAUUUAUCAACUUUCGAAUACUUCUCCAUGGAUUAUUCAUACCGAUAUUUCUGUCAAUCAUUUCAUAUCGAUGGCACUUUGUAUAAGACAAUCAAAAAUAGGAGCAAUCAAAAGUGUCGUGACAACUUCGAGUCAUUUACAACUUUUAAACGGAGACCUCGGAGAAGAAUUAACUUUUUUGAAAAAGUUACCGGACUCGACCUUUGAAAAGCAAACGUGUCACAUUUCCGAUCUAUGGAAAUUGUAUUUUAAUAAGAGGAGAGAAUAUAGACCGAGUCGAUCGAAUGGUUUUUUAAAUCAUACUCUAUUAAUGAAAGGCAUUGAAUCGACUUCCAAUGAUGUGGACAUGUUGUUGUUUUCCACACGAGAUGCACUCUUUACCAAACGUAAUUUAUUACAAGAUUUUGUGGAGAAUGUCUUGAAAAAUACAAGUGGUAUUUAUAAUGUGAAUAUGACCUUUCUCGAAUCGACAGAAAUGGUCCUUGAAGAGAGUGUGAAUAUUUUUGAAAAUCAAACAAAUUCUGAAUCAAUUUCCAUGUUGAUUUUGGGACCAUUGACAACCUUGUCACGAACAUUGAAUGAAAUGACUAAAACUCCUGAUUUAUUUCAAAAAGUGAAGAAAAUUGUCAUUUAUGGAGGAACUAUAAAUUCAACAUUGGGUGAAUAUAAUUUGGGAGUUGAUUCAGUGGCGAGAAGAAAUGUUUUUGACAUGUCUCGAAAUUAUUUGAGAGGUAAAAUUUAUCUCUUUCCUAAAGAUGCAGUUGAAAAGACACCUCUCACAGAUCCACAAUUAUUGAGAUUUUCAAUUCUCUUUAAAGAUGCAUGUGAAAGAAAACUAUUGAACAAGAUUAAGGAAGAUCCCAAGUUUGAAAAACCAUUCUUGUAUGAAGUGAUUCAUUGGUGGUUGCAUACAUUUAAUGAAACAAGAUCUCAACUCACUAAUGAGUAUUUACCUGAAGAGAUGAUCUUUAAUAAUGAAGUGGUGGUGUCUUCAGUGUUGUGGAUGGAUGAUCAAGUCAUUAGUUUUAAUGAGAGACACAUCGAAUUUGAUGAGACGAUUCCUGGAUUGUUUAAAAUACUUGAACAACCCUCUCGAAAAUCCUACUCUGUGAAAAUGAUUCAAAGGGUGGAUUGGUACAAGUAUUUUGGUUUAUUGGUCCAUCGAUGUGCCUUUUUCUGA